AGCCAAUCACAGUGUCAGCUCUCUGCAUAGGCUCCUAGCGACCCGCAGACACUAUUUGCGUAUUCAUUACAGUGUAUCAUGUAGGGUAAGGGGAAGUAGCGCCAAGAAUUGUAGCGAAACACUCCGGUUUAUCCUGGAAAUAUUAUUUUAAUCGGUUCAUACAUUUUAUCUGCUUCAGUGCGAGGUAUUAGCUGGAGCUUAGAGGGCGCACCGUGUUUUCACAGCCUGAAUCAGUCGCUGUCAGGACUACUGUUUUGUUGAUGUCAUUCGCGGCAGAGCUGUAGCGACCUUCAAUUUCAAGGCAACACGGGGAUAAACAAAGACUCAUUCUGCUGAUUUUUCGUCUUGGUUUUGUUUUCUUUGUCAGUGACACUAGCACCGAGAAUGGGACUUUUGCUGCCCUGUCUCCUGCUGUUCUCUGUUUCCACUCUCACAGCCGGCGUAGAUUUUCAGCAGGGAUCCAAACCUCUUGGACAGUCGCUUUUCCAAAGGCGCUCAUACAUUGAGGAGAAAGCUGCGAAAAUCGUCAAGAGGUCUCUGCCUGCAUGGCUGGGAGCAUCACAGAAUCACAGGAUAAAACGAAGAAGUGCAGAGCAAGGAGACACCUGCAAAGCCCUGCAGGGACAUGAAACCAAGUUAGAAGGCAACACCCACCGUGUAAGUUACCCCGUGAGGUCCUUUUAGGUUACUUUUAUGUCUCACCAGUAAAGGAGAGAAGAGGGAGGAUGCGCAGGUGCUGACCAGGUGCACAACAGGGCCUGAUCAGUAAUUCAGUGUAUGCAGUGGUAUCUACAUUUGAAUCACAGGCUAGGUCUUGAAGCUCAAGAUAAGACAUCUACAAAUGUACAUCAUGUAUAUUUAUUGAAGCAGUAUUUUAGACGUGAAGGGUGUGACUGUUCUUUCAGCCACGAAAGGCACCUUCAUGUCUCAAUUUGUCUGUUGGUGUUGGCCUGCCUUGAUUCAUGCCUACUAUCAGGUUCAGGGAAAUACAAUGUACUAUACCUAGACAGAAACAACGCCUAUGUUCCUCGUGCUUUAAGACCUACGUGUGCUGUACUGAAGCACAACCAGACCGGUUUACCUCUCAGAUGCUCCACUGAUGGCUGUGACCUAUAUCCUGUUCCUCUCAGGGCUGCAGCUGUAAUCUGUAUUGAAGGACCCCUCUUUUUCUCUGUCUUAGCACGAGUUAAUAUUGACAGGGAAAUGUCCCCCCACAAAUCCAUGUGACUGGCUGUGUGGCACUUAUUUAGUAAUUUAAAGCUGUCUGUGUGGUAUUGACAACAGCAAGCAGGCAGGCAGACAAGAGUGUAUGGUAUUUACUUAAAUCCUGGGUAGCACAGUGGGCUAAAUUUAGUCUCACCAGAUGUGUAAUAGAUUUCACUUUUUUUCCAGCACUAAGAGAAGAGAAAGCACAAAAACAAUGCGGCUGAAAAUGUAUCCAAGAAACUAGGCCCUCUUUUUGAAAACAAACAGCAGGCUGAUCCCAGCACAGCCCUGCCCUGCUUAUUUGCCUAGCCUCUCACAGCCAUGUGAUCAACUUUGCAUCGCACUCUUUGUAUAGUUGCUCCAGUAAUCUAAAGUCGACUGAAUUCCAGAAAAAGCUCAGCUGCUUUAUUCCCCUUGAGGUUCUGCUGUGGGUCAACAAAUAGGUUGCAGGAACUAAAACUUUUUCAGUUGGAUCCUGUGUAAAAAUGUCAAAAUUCUCUUAGAGCUGCAUUGUUAAAUUGACAACAUGUAUAUAAAGUUAUAGCCAAGGUAAAAAUGUGAUUCCUGACCCUUUUUAGAUGUGGUAUUUGUAAGUGCUGCUCAGAUGUCUUGGCUGAGAGCAAUUGGCCCCCUGCUCACUGAUGUGCUUGUCUGGUCUGAGAAGUGGUGCUUCAGUUUUUCACUUUGUCAUCUUUGCUUGAACACAUGCUGAGAGGAAACAUGGUGCCCUUCAGAUGAGAAAUACAGAAGGGAGGCAAAAUUCACCAACAGUGUUGAACUGCAGUUUGCAACUCUGUCGGUGUCAUCACUUUUGUCAGCAAAAAGUGUCUGCCUCUAAAAAUGAGUUUUGACUUACACAGCUAUUCACUCCUUAGCUGCUAAAUGGAGUCGUUUUUGUACACGCAUCAGACACUGCCCAAAACAUAGCAUUGUGUAUUUGUGAGACUGCCAAUUAAUGUAGUGAAGUAAAGAAAGAAAGACGAUUAUAGUAGCUACAUUUGAUAUUUACCAAAACCUUAGUGUAGAUAUGAGAAUCUAUAUCAAGAAUAGAGAGAGAGUGAUAUAGGAACAUAUAUUCACUCAUAAUGUGUUUUACUAAUUUCAAUAUGCUCUUUUCAGUAUUCCUUCAAUGACCUGAGUGGGUCAGUGUCACUGGCCUGGGUUGGAGAUGGCACAGGGGUAAGUGUUGGUCCGACUUACAGUCAGUGUUUUUCCUCUGGGAUUAUCCAGUAGGCUGUGUAAAAGUGACAGGUCGUUUAUAAUGACUGUCCUCAACUGAGGGUCUCAUGCAGAGUGAAACUUGAUCUGUCCUUUGCCUUCUGUCUUUCCAGGUGAUCCUGGCUCUGACUACAUUUCAAAUGCCCUUCUUCAUGUUGAAGUUCGGGCAGUCCAAACUCUAUCGAAGGUAAGUCUCAUGAUCUUACACAUUAAAAGAAGCAAGUGUUUGUAUUUAGUUUGCAUUUCAUUUGGUUACUACCCUGUCUGACUGCCAGUGAGAACUACGGGAAGUCGUUCCAGGAUGUGACUGAGCUCAUCAACAGCACCUUUAUCAGAUCAGAGUUUGGAAUAGCCAUUGGGCCCGAGAACUCUGGGAAAGUGAGUCACGGCCUAAUCAAACUUAAUCGCUACAAAUUCAAUAAAAGAUCUCAAACUGCAGCCCUUCUGUGAUGUGUUAAUAGCCUCUAUUAUCUUGUCUUUGCACAGUUCAAUCAGUCUACUCUUGCCUUGCAGGUGAUUCUGACAGCAGAAGUGUCUGGGGGUCUUUCGUCUCGGAUCUUUGUCUCUGAUGACUUCGGAAAGACUUUCACUCACCAGGAAUUACCCUUCAUCCCCAUGAUGCAGAUCACAUACAACCCUUACAACUCAAAUGUGCUGCUAGUCCUCAGCAACAGUGUAAGUUUAGUGUGAAAUGAAAGACUUGUUUUAAAAUGUAACCUCUCUAGAUGUAGGUCAACAAGUAGGCCUACAUAUGAACAUGAUGGAUUAGAUAAGCAGUUAUUGGUAAAUGUGUCAUAAAUCUUUGUCAUGACCUGUUGCGACACUCCUUGGCAAAAAUCAUCAUCUCACUUCCUCAUUGCAGGGAAAGGCCCUUGAAUGGCCUUUUAUUUGUUUACACAGGCCACAUUUAUUAACAUGGCUCUGGUGUGGUGUGACCUACAUAAACAUGGUGCCAUUACAGCUGGACUCUGAGUGAAUCAUUCAGACUUUUCUUUGUGUCCUCAGAAUGAACUUUGGCUGUCUGAAGAUUUUGGCAGCAACUGGAAGAAGCUGCAUGAUAUGGUGUGUCUGGUCAAAUGGUAAGGAAGGAGACACCUUAAUAAAAUCAGAAGAGAUCUCAGGUGUUCAGUAGACAAUUAAAGGCUUAUUCAGUAUCCCCAAGUGUGUCUGUAUCUGAGGGGAAUGUUUCCAUUUAGUAAGAUUAGGGAGGAGUGAAAAGACUUUCAUAUCGUGCAGGUAUGUAGCAAAGAUUUCACUAAGCAGUAUGCGACCUGUAGUUCCUCCUAAGAGCUAAUCAUUAUAGGUAGUAAAAAUAGUUUAUGAUCAUGGAAAAAAACAGAGUUUGAUCCAUUUUUGCUUCUUCGGUAUUACUCUAGCUGAGAAGGAUUAUUUGCUGAUUUUAAGAUUAAUGGUUUAGUUUGUGACAGAUGCACGUUCACAGAUAGUACUCAAAGGUUUUAUUGGUACUGCACUUGAACAAACUUGGCUGUAAAAAAAUCCUUUCAUUUGGUGACAGUUCAACCAGAUCUGUUAUGACCACAGUGUUGUUGUUCUGGAAGAUCCUUCAACUAUUUAUGGUGUUGAAAACUUGACAGCUCUGCGUGUCUUUUUAGUUUCAGUUUUCAGGCUUUGUUAUUGAGUUCUCCACACUUGAGUGAACUUGACACCUCCCUGAAACAUGAUCUUUUGCUAGUGUCUCAGUGGUACUGAUCCAGACAGGCUACAUUCAAACCAGCAGUUUAAAGUUUGAAAACAGCUGGUUAAAGUCAAGACACACAUGGCUGGGUAUGGCUGUGUGCUAGUUUUAUUUGAUAAGCCAGGUCAUGCGGUGCUCACUUUCACAAUGAAGCAAAACCUAUUAUAGCAACAGAUUGCUAAUACAUUAAGAGUCCUUUAUGAAACCAUUUGCAGUUCUAGUUGAAUGAUUGGUUUAUGGAUUCUUUGAUAUUUAGCACAUCUAGAGCUGUCACAUCAUUAAUAAAUCCAAUCUUCAUGCAUUUUCUCACAUAUUCUUGGCUCUUUGGACUCAAACGUGUGGGUGUGCUCGACUAAAAUUCUUGUUGCUUCUCACUUGGAUUCUAGGGGAAGGACGAAUACUAUCUUCUUCACGGCCAGCCUUAAUGGAUCCUGCAGUAAGUAAAAAAUCCAUUUGAUCCUGUCUUAUCUUGUAUGUUGUUUAAAGAGUAAUGGCACAUGUAAUAAAGUAAGAGGUGUUCCAAUACCAUUACUUGUUUUGAUAUAGGUGUCUGAAUUGUUCUUAAGGCGUCUGUCACAGCCUCAUUUUCCCACUGACGUUGCAUUUUUUUCUCUGGAUCACCUUGAAGAGUAGAUCUAAUAAUAAGAGCCUAGAUGGGUUCCUUGAGACCGCCUUUAAAAAACAAAUGCAGAGACAUGAAUUAAAGUAUAUAAAGAUAACAGAUGAUCCCUUGAAGUGAAUUUAUUCAUAUCUUAUCCUUGUUUUCAUGUUUUAGCCUUAUAUUACUCUUUAAACACUGUAAAAGUAAGUCACUGUUGUAAAACCACAAACUUUUACUGGUUUUUAAUAUCUGAGUUUUCUUGUGUUUUUAUUUCCCAGGUGAUCGAGGAAUGCUGGAACUCAGGAGAACUACAGACUAUGGCAAAACAAUCAAGACUGUUGCCAACAAGGUCUACUCUUUCGGCCUGGGCGGACGUUUUCUCUUUGCCUCCGUCAUGACAGGCAAGGUUAGUGUUCAACUAGUCCAAAUCACCAACACAUCCAGAAACAUGACACAGCUGCUGAUUUAAUGCUAUAUGAAGAAUAUAUUUGAAGAUAAUCUGUACAUGGAUGCAGGUCGUAUGUCAAAGGAGGGGGCUUCCCGUGUCUGUUUAGUCCCCGAUUCUACUUCAUUUCUCAAUCUUGUUUCUAAGGUUAUGUGAAUCAAGGGUAAGCUGCACUUCUUUAGAGUCAAACUUUUUCUCAUUAUUCCCCUCUAUCCUGUCCUUUUUCCCUUGUCCCUCUGUGCAGGGCACCCUGAGGAUGAUCUACGUAUCAGUGAACCAGGGUGAGACCUGGAACAUGGCCCAGCUGCCACCGGUUGGACAUGAGCAGUUUUACUCCAUCCUGGCUGCCAAUGAUGAAAUGGUCUUUAUGCAUGUUGAUGAGCCAGGAGGUCAGUUCUAGAGAAAGUCUUUACAUGUUCACUAUUCAUAUUGUGCAGCAUUUAAGAGCAGAUGUGUUUAAAAAAAAAAAAAAAGCGCCAGCACUGUGGAGGUUUAGUGCAGAGGCGUCUUGUCAUUCAGGCAGUUUUAUUUUCAUCAGUGCAUUACUUUCUCACUACAUUGUGUGUUAACAUUUCCUUCUCCUCCACAGAUACAGGAUUUGGCACCAUUUACGUAUCAGAUGACCGAGGCACUGUGUACUCCAAGUCACUUGAGCACCACCUUUUCACCACCACAGGAGGCGAUACAGACUUCACCAACGUCACCUCCCUGCGAGGAGUUUUCAUCACCAGCAUCCUAGCAGAAGGUAGAUCUAUUCACGUGUCGCUUUGAUAAAAGACUAUAGACACAUGCCUGUGCUCAAAUUCCCAUCAGAAAACACGCACAUACUACUUCUCCAUUACAUAUCAGAGGGAGGGCGUUGGGUAAAUAUUUAAUUAGCUGUUCAGUGUUAGAUGUGGUGUCUGUGUGAAGCGGCUGGCUGACGCAUAGCCAGAAAUAUUUCAUGUCACCAUUCACAUCUUGCUGUGUCAUCUGCUCUACGUAUCUCCAAAACAUUUUUUGAUUUUUUUAAUCUUCAGGCAUUUACACAACCCUCUCGACUUUGUUUGCUCACCUUGUUUCAAGUUUGGUACAUCAGCACAAUGCUAACUAUAAAUGUUGUUGUGUUGUUGCAGACAACUCGGUGCAGUCUGUCGUGUCCUUUGAUCAAGGAGGGGAGUGGGUUCCCCUGAGGCAACCUUCUAACAGCAAGUGUGAUGCUACUGCCAAAGACCCAGACAAGGUAAAGAGAGGAAACUGAUGUUAAAAGGAAAAAACAAACAGGAGGAAGCUAAAACUGUCUUGAUAAAAAUGGUGCACGUUUGUAGCUUGUGUGCACAGAUUAUGUGUCAUUGUAAGAUGUUAAAGCAUGUUUUGCAAAAGUUUUUUAGUGUGCUCCUAUAAACAGUUAAAACCCACAUGCUGCUUGUGUUUGUGUCUACAGUGCAGUCUUCACAUCCAUGCUGCCUAUAGUACAGCCAUGAGGUUGAACGUCCCCAUGUUGCCUCUGAGUGAACCAAACGCUGUGGGUCUCAUCUUAGCUCACGGUAAGUCUCUGAUUAGAGUUUCAUACUUCUAUCCCUAAACAAACUUCCAAACAACAGUUUUUCAGUUGGAUAUUCAUUACACACAUUUAUUCUUCCACCUUCUCUGUGUAUCUGAUCAGGGAGUGUCGGGGAUGCCAUCUCAGUGAUGAAGCCUGAUGUCUAUGUGUCUGAUGAUGGAGGUUACUCCUGGAUAAAGGCCCUUGAUGGGCCUCAUCAUUACGCCAUUCUGGACUCUGGAGGGCUGCUGGUUGCUGUGGAACACAGCCCCACUCAACCUAUUGACAAGAUCAAGUGAGUCCUAGUAAAUUAAGCCCACCACUACAAAUACAUCAAUAUUUUUAGGGCAUGUCUUGGUCAUGGGCUCUUAACACCAUCCUUACUAUGUUGCCCCUGACAACAAAAAACCACCUAAGGAAUAUUUGAAUGUUUUUCUUAAUUAUUAAAGGUAAAGUGUGUAGAGUUGGGAAUAUUUAGUGAUAUGAAGUUGUCAGAUUCUAGACUGAAACACUCUUUUACUCACCUCUCCUGCUGGUAAAGCUCCAGUGAACCUUGGAGGACAAGAUGCUACUUUGAUGAAUAAGUGUGAUCCUGUAAUUGUUAAGUUUUCGCUGUCAAAAACUCCUUUUAAUGCAAAUUCUAAAACAACCACUUCUUUUCUUCCUCUAUUUCUACUUCUUUUUUCUUUUUCUCUUUUUUCUUCAAAUACAAAAACACAUGGCUGCCACUACUUUGUCUGUUCAUCCCCAUGUAUAAAAACAUGGAGUUAAAAGGUGGAGACCAUUGAAGAGGGCCUGCUCCCUAUGUGGAUAUAAAAGCCUUACUCUUAGUUUUUAAAAACACAAAUGGCAAUAAAAGAUACUUCUGAAUAUUAAAAUCUAUGUCUGCUUUGGUAAAUGCUGCUACACAAAGUGUCUUUGAAAGAUUUGCAGUGCAAGUGAAAACUUAUCGUGCAAAAACAAAUCCAUUACUGUUUUUUAUAUUGCGUUAGUUAAAAGGAUAACAAAAAAUAUUUUUAAAAAUCCAAUGUGAGACCUUCUUAAAUAUUAUACCUUUAGUACACACAGCAGCACCAGUUUUUCACACCACUACUUAACUUCAGUUUCUUUAGCGUUAUAUCUUAUACCUCCUGCAUUUUCUUUACAGGUUUUCCACAGAUGAAGGACAAUGCUGGGGUGUUUACACUUUCACCAAAGAGCCUCUCUACUUCACCGGUCUGGCCUCAGAGCCAGGUGCUCGCUCCAUGAAUGUCAGUAUCUGGGGCUACAGAGACUCCAUCCUCAGCCAGUACUGGAUCUCCAUCACUAUCGACUUCAGGGAUCUGCUCACCAGAGACUGUGAGUCACACAGUCCAACAAACUCAACUAAAAGCACUUGUGUAAAUUUCAAGAUAUUUGUUUCAUAUCUGUUGAGACUCAGUGUUUAACAGAGUCGACUGUGUCUUUGUUAGGUGAUGACCAGGACUAUGUGCAGUGGUUAGCACACUCUGAUGACAUCAGUGACCCUAAUGAUGGUUGCAUGCUGGGCUACAAAGAGAGGUUUCUGCGUCUCAGGAAGGAUUCAGUCUGCUGGAAUGGGCGAGACUAUGAGGUGAACACCCAGCCUUCACCGUGCCCGUGCACCUUGGAUGACUUCCUGUGGUAAGACACUCCCUCUGUUAUAAAAUGAUUCACAUUUUUACUACAUGCUCAUCACUGGAGUUUAAAGUUUUUAUGGCUGACAUAUAAAAAACUCUUUAUUUUACUAAUGGCAAGGUGAAUUUCUAUUAUCUCAUGAAACAAAAAGUCCAUUUGGAGGGAUAAAGUACUUUAUUAUUCAGUAACAAUGACAUGCUGACUAGAGACAGAGGGGAAGUGAUUUCUUUUAUCCUCUUACUCAAAAGUUCAACCAUAUAUGGUCAUCAUUCUGUCGUGGUAACACUUUUUACUAACAGGGAUCAAAAGUUCUCUGUUUCUCACAUUUCCUGUGAAUAUAAAUAAAUUAAAACCAAAACUCAAGAAGUACAAGCAGUAAGAUAAGCAAUUGAUAAACUGUUUAUCAUCGUUUAUCGCCCAUCAUGUGGUUACAGUGACUUUGGCUAUUACCGAAAAGAGAACAGCUCAGAGUGUGUGGAGCAGCCGGACCUGAAGGGCAAAGUGCUGGAGUUCUGUCUGCAUGGCAAAGAGGAGCAACUGCAGACCAGCGGGUAAGACUCCAGUUUCAGUCUGACAGAGCUGCAGGUCUCUGCUUGUUGUCUAGUUUGUUGUCAACAGUUUUUUUUUAUCUGGUUGACAAAAAAUGCCUUUUUUUCACAAGAUAUAAGAGGAAGCACUGAAUGUGUUAAUGAUACAUGACAUUAAACUUUGCUGUUUUCUCGUCUGCUUGAUAGUUAUCUGAAUUAUUAUGCUGUUUGUUUUUUUGAGUAGUGAGAAAUUGUUCAUAACAGUAAUGAUACUCAACUGUUCAAUUCCUCUGUAUUUUAGUUCUUUAUUUAAGAAGUGGUGAAAAUGGGGAAAUUACUGACACAGAAAUCGGUUAGAGGAAGUGGUUUAAGUCUAAAUGAGUGUCAUGCUCACUGUGAAAAAGAUGUAUGUAGCUAAGUGCAUGAAAACUCACUACACUGUACAUAAUAAGGCUGUCUGGUAAUACAGAGUAGUUACAGUAAAACAUGGACAUCUAGUUCAAUUAAAAUUGAGCAGUUGUUUGUACAGUUGUUAAAAAAUAACGUUAUUUCAUUAUUUGCUACCAAAAAUCAGCAGGACCCCAAAAUACUCCCACUGUUUUACCAUUUGCAAAAUAAGUCUGAAUUUAAUUUUUAGUCCAUCAUGAGCAAAUCUAAGUAUCUGAUAGAGUUUGGAUUGAACUUUGAUAACACCCACGUGUCUGUGGUCCACAGUUAUAGGAAAAUCCCUGGAGAUAAAUGUGAGGGGGGUCGGAUGCCCGAGCGUAAAGAGAUCGAUCUCAGUCAAAGGUGUGUGAGCGACCUGAUCGGCCCAGAGCUCACGGUCAGUACCUGCACUUCCUGAGAGUUCAGGAAAAUCACGGGAAUAUUCAGUGGAUUUACAAACAUGUGCUGAUUAUUAACCUGCAGUAUAUCUACAUAUGUUUCUACAGGUAGAUAACCGCUCUUCCAAGUCUGUCCCCAUCGUGAUUACAGUCAUCAUCAUCAUGCUGCUGAGUGUCGUGGCAGGGGUCAUCUUUGUCAAGAAAUAUGUCUGUGGUGGCAGGUUGGUUGAAAACACAGGAAGGACAUAUCCAAGAGGACAACACCUCAACUGUUUUCUUUAUUUUUCAGUCAAUUCAAAUGAACCUGACAGUAUUUUGAAUGUCCCCUGUAGGUUCUUGGUUCACAGGUAUUCAGUGCUGCAGCAGCAUGUUGAGGAAAAUGCUGCUGAGGGGAUGGACGACCCACUCGAGACCAACCACACUCAGAAUGGCAAGAUCGAGUUUCAUGAUGACUCAGAUGAGGUACAGUGGAUCCUUUUUCCCCUCAUGGACUGGCUGACACAGAAACAUGUGUGACAGGCUUUUGUUGUCAUAUAUUUUAUUUAGUGUUUUUUUUUAUUUAGAUUUUUCCUUGAUCUGAAAAAAUAUGUCAGCUGUAGCUGUGGUUUCGUUACAGUUUAACACAUACAAAAGUUAAAAGGUUGGAAGCUGGGACUAAGGGAAAUGCUGAUUAUCUUGAGUUUACUGAUGUAGAAAAAUAACUUGGUAUAUGUUUUAUCAUUUCAUAAAUGAUUGAGGACUCUGCACAGUGGUACUGCCUCCUGUCAUGGUUCAUUAUGUCUAAUGUAGUAUAGGUGAAGGUUCACAGUGGAUAACACAGUGUAGCCCACAGUGAUAAUGACAUACAAGCUGGUAUUUCAUUUCUUUAUCAACACUUCAUACCAACCAAAAGAAAACCAAAAAACAAACCUGUCAGUAAAAGAAACUGUUACAUUUGAUUGCUUAAGAACUGUGAACUCUGAAAAACGUUUUGCCCAUUUGCUAACUAAUAUUUGUUGUCGUUCAUCAGCUGGCAUACGCCAAACCUUUCAGAUGCAAAUAUUUAAACAAAUGAUCCUGUAUUUACACAAACAUUUGUGCUCUUGAUAGCUCGUUGGAUGCAGGCCAGGUGGAGAUAACAGUCGUGCCCUGAAAUAUUAUCCACCGACUGUUUGAUUAACACUGACAUAUAUGAUUUUAAAAAGACAUGUCAUUUAUCUUUAUGUUAUGGUGUCAGUCAUUACUGUGUGGUGUUUUUGUCUUAAUAACAGAGUAUGGGUUUACACUGCUGAUGAAAAGUUGAAACACUGAUAUGAUUCCACAUUAAAAUAGGUCACUUCAGGAUCCGUAUUGUGUGAGGAUCUGUGUGUGUCACUAUAAUGCUUCUGUGUUGCUCACUUGAGCUGGUUUGUCACAUUUUAUCUUCUCUUCACACAGGACCUGCUUGAAUAACCGGUUCAACCUGUCGUGCAACCAAGCAACAGAUUUCCCAUCUGCCCCUGUGGCUGGCUGCUGCUGCUGCUGUCCCUCUUUUGUCUCCAGCUACUUCCUCCCUUCACCUCCUGGUUUGUACUCUGGCCUCAGCAUACAAACGAAGAGUCUCUGUCACUCUGCCAUCAUGUACAAAGAAAAAAUGAAUGUACUGGGGCUCGGUGGGACUGAUGAGAAGAACGUCAAAAGAGGUCUCGUAGUGAUCCAGAUUGAAUCUUUGAGUUAUUUAUGUUAGGAAACAAAGAACUUCUGCAGUUAUAGAGAAGUGGAGUAGUGGGUUUGAAGCAAAGAAAGUUUUGUAAAUCUCACUGUUGUGAUCAAGGUUCUGCUUUUUCCAUUACCAGGGAGCACUCUUGCAAAUAAUUCUCCUCUCUGUUAACAACCUGCAUUCCUUUCCUCUCAUAUGAUUGUACAUACACCAUUUUUCUUUGCCAUCUCAUGGUAUCCACUUGGUUGGUGUUGAAAAAGUUGCUGUUGGUAGCUGGUUAAAAGUCUCUCAAGCUGCGUUCUCAAUCUUUACUUAAAGAGAAGUAUUUGUUGAUUCAAUAUGUGCCCAAAGUGGACAAAAGUUGUAAAUUUUAGCUUUUUAGCAUUGUCCUUCUUUGGGCACUGACCCUUGAAGUCACUUUUUGUUAUUUGGAGAUUAAGCUUGAAUACUUUGUCCCUUGAUUACAUAAAGUCCCAUUAGGGUGCAAAUUUGAUAUGACCGUUUGCAUCAGGUUUGAUAGCAAUAACAUCUUUAGAAUAACUGUCCGUACAUGUUAAAUAAUCCCACUGGAACGAUUUGUCUGCUGUAUGAAUGGAGAUGUCCCUGAGUUAAGCACAUUUAUAUAAGUGUUUGGUCAAGUGUGUCUGUUCAGUGUAGAGUUGUCCCAAAUUCGUCUAAAGCACAAAGUUGUUUGUAUGUUAAAGGUUUUUUAAAGGUUGAACAUUUUUCCUCAAUGUGACCGUAUGAUGAAGUGAUGAAACUGGAAAAAAAAUCACUGUUCUCACAAGUCCUGUUUAUAAUAAUCUGAGCAAUUUUUGUACUAAUUGACUUUUGAACUGUUGCACGAAUUUUGAAUUCAGCAAACUUUGGUUCAAAGAUGCUAAAAAUGACAAAUAAAGCUAGUUUGAUAGUAAAUAUCUCAAAUAUAUUUUACAUCUGAUUCAGAUAAAUACAUCAAUGUCAUUUGGAGACAGCACAGGAGCAAUGUGAAAAAGAAACUGUGUCAUGUAAAUGUUGUAUAGCAUUAUAAACACCCUAGACUUAAAGGAGAGUAAUGGACAUGGUGGCAGAAGUUGCAGCGCUGUUUAUUUUUGUGGUAUUCACAUUUAAGGUGGACAAGAUUUUAGGUUCCUCAUCUUUGUCUGUCACACUGAACUACUGUUUUCUUUUGAAUCAAGCUCAUACUGCUGUCAUUUUAAAGCUACAUUUCUCAACAGGUCUCUCUGGUAUAUCAUGUUAAAGUCUUACAGGGCUCUUGUUCUUUUAAACAUUUGUUGCACAAUUAUUUGUCUACUGAGUGUUAAAUAAGUUGUUUUCAUAAAGGAGUUAUUUAUUCCUGACUGGCAGGUUCAGAGUGCAGUACAGUGGAGGUGGUUACACAAGUGCCUGGUGUGAGGAUAUGAUGUGACGCCCUCACAGAGUGUGGCCAGAAUCCAUUUACCCGUAAUUAUUUAUAUCAACUCCUGUUCAUCUAGCUUCAUCCAGUGUGUCAGAGACAUCCUGAAGUUGCACUUGUUGCCUGAAAAUGAAUCCUUGAGCAGUGAAGAAAAUGUCGGCGUCACUGGAGCUCCCAUUGAACUGCAUGCUAACUCUGAACUAAAUUUGGCAGAGCUUUAGCUCUCAAUAACUGGAUCAUUUCUUAAUUUCCUGCAUUUAAUUCAGGCUGUGAUUUUUUUUUUUUUGACAAGAGACAACUCUGAUUUAAAACAGAUUUGAUACAGGGUUAUAAUUUAGCUGCUCUGCACUGGGAGACACUUCACAGUUUCUUAUUUAAUGAUGUUUAUUACACAAAGUGAAGGUAACACGUUUUUCUUACAGUUUAAAACUACUGUAUAAAUUGAAGUCAUUGUGAUGGUUCUGUAAAUAUACAAAGCUACAUCUUUGUAUCUGCUGUUUCUCUCUCCUGUAUAUUUGAGGCAAUUUUCUUUGGGUUUGCCAAUAAAUUCAUAUCUUCCUCUA